AUGAACACGUACGAGGAUGGGGUGGAGUACACACUCCAUCCCAACUGCAGGAACGGGCUCUACUACUUUGGUAUCAAAAACUACUACUACUUUCUGAAGCCUCAUGAUGAAUGGGGGGUUCAGUAUUACAGAUGCACAAACUUCAACAAGAAUGAGAAUGGGGAGUCCUUUUCCAUACAUCCCACUGUCACCAACUUCACCCCUGGGGGCUUGGCACUCAUUCAGGGUCCUUCAUUUGGUGUCUGGGAGUGCAUCAAAACCAUCACCAAUGACUCGCAGACUCCGAUCACCUGGACAAACAAGAUCAACAAGAAGGUUGGCUAUACAAAGGAGAAGAUGUCCUCCAUAGAACAUACCUGGAAUGUGUCAGCCACAGUGUCUGCAGAGACAGGAGGUCUGAGUGCCCUUAUUGUAAAGAGCCAGUUCUCUCUCACUACUUCAUAUGGGGGGAAGAGUGUCAACACGGACAGAGAGAACUGGAAUGAGGUAACUGAAACUGAGGAAACAAUCAGCCUGACCGUGAAGCCCAAUGAGAAGAUCUAUGUCUGGCAGUACAAACUGGGUCUGGGUAAAGAAGCUGUGCUCUUCUGCAGAGAUAUGAAGUUUGACGAUGAUCCAAAACCCCCAACUGAGAACCCUCUACCACCAGCUAACUAG